AUCUGCCAGUCAGUAAGGGCGAAAACCUUUCAUUUUACGAUCGUUCGUCAACAUAAAUUGUUGUACAAAAUUCAAAGAAGAAACGGAUUCUGCUUUUCAAGACGCGAUUACAGUGAUUACACACCACUCCCCAACAUUAGGCGAUUAAAUUAUUCGUAAGCCCCAGCGAUUCGAGAAAAUCAAUACCAAAUGGAAGCCGUCGAGGGUCAGAGCUUGGUCAUCAAAAUGGCCCAGAAGAACAAGGAGACCCAAACUGUAAAGCUGAUGGCCGGUGGCGGUCUGGCCAACAACUGGUUUGCCCCAGGGGCCUAUGCGGCAGGAGCGGUUUCAUUUGGCGGCCAUCCACUGAUCCAUCCGCCGACCGUUCCCCAGCCAGCCAUCUCGUGCCAGUUCUACAUGGAUCGGGAGGAGCAGCUGUACCGCCGCGCCUGCCAGAUGAAGGGCAUCCGGGUGGAGCGACUGCACGAGAUCCGCGAGGAGGAGGACGACUCGAAUGGAUCCGAGGAGGAGCACUCGAAGGGCAUCCGCUACCGCUACACCCUGGACGAGAUGAAAAGCUACAACCCCUACCGUUUCAUCAACUUUUAAGUGUCCCCAAAACCACCUAUCCACCACCAUCAUCGCCGCCACAUUCCCAUUCACAAACCCAUCCCUAUUGCAUCGUCAGUGUUCGGCUUUCCAUGUAGAAUCACUCAGAUCCAGCGUUAGGAUUAGCAUCAGUAUCAGUAACCGUCUCUGUAUAAGUAUCUGUACUAGCCUCAGCACCACAUUCCACACAAGAUGCGAGUUUGUGGCGACACCAUGCAUGCCUCCAAACCGAAAUGGGAACCACAACAGCUUCAAGAACACCGCACACCAUCCAUUUGCCUGUUGCCAACGUUUCGCCAUGACCAUGAAAACAAUAAAAAAUUGUUCAUAAAUGACAUCCUGCGAUGUCAACCAAA